CCUUUAAACAUGGCGCAGGCCGUGGCGGCCGGGCGAUGACCGCGGGUGGCCGCGCCGGACAUGGCUCAGGCGCCGAUCUUCCCCCCUUGCUCCUAGGGAAGAACAUGCCCAAGGCCAGGGCGAGCGGCGCGGAGGAGGCCAGUCCCGAGAGCGCCGAGAGGAAGGGCCCCGGCCGACCCCGGGCCGGCGGGGAGAAUGUGUUUAUUGGUCAAUCCAAAAUCUACAGCUACCUGAAUUCUAACAAAACUCCUGGUGCUCGCCCCCCGCUUCAAGAAGAAAACUCUGUCAUGUAUCACGAGGUGAAAUGUCAGGGCAAAACACUACACAAAACCUACAGGAAAGGAAAUGAAAAAAAGAAUGGUGGCAAUAUAAUUGAAGGUGCUAUGAAACCAGAAGAUCAGAAAGACAAAGAAGGUGGGUGCAAUACUUCGGUGCCUGCCUCUGAUCAAAACCAAGAAACUGUAGAAACUCAGAAGACUCCCCUGCCUUCAGACUGUGCUGAUGAGGCCAAUGCAAAACCAGCUCAGAAAAAGAUGGUUAAAACAAAACGUGGACCAAGGAGGAAAACACAAGGAAGAACACUCAAUCAAAAAGUGACCGAUUAUUACCCAGUUAGAAGAAGUUCCAGGAAGAGCAAAUCUGAAUUGGAGACUGAGGAGAGGAGGAAAAUAGAUGAGCUAAUUACAAGUGGGAAAGAAGAAGGAAUGAAGAUCGAUUACAUCGAUGGCAAAGGGAGAGGUGUAAUCGCUACCAAACAGUUUAAUCGAGGAGAAUUUGUAGUUGAAUAUCAUGGGGAUCUCAUAGAGAUCACUGAUGCUAAAAAGCGAGAAGCUGUGUAUGCUCAAGAUCCAUCCACAGGCUGCUAUAUGUACUAUUUUCAGUACCUCAGCAAAACCUACUGUGUUGAUGCUACAAAAGAAACUAAUCGUCUGGGAAGACUGAUUAAUCACAGUAAAUGUGGCAAUUGUCAAACAAAGCUUCAUGACAUCGAUGGAGUGCCUCAUCUCAUCCUGAUAGCUUCCAGAGACAUUAAAGCAGGUGAAGAACUGUUGUAUGACUAUGGAGACAGAAGCAAAGCUUCCAUUGAAGCUCAUCCCUGGCUGAAACACUAAUUCAUCUUCUUUGGGGUUGUUUUGGUUUUGUUUUUUGGGAUUUUCUUUGGACUGUGUGCUCUACAAGGAGCCAGUGGAUUAUUUUUUCUUGUCCUCACUUCCCUCAGCUUUCUUAGUGGACUGCUUAUGGUGUUCUGAGCUCCUUAAAAACAACCUUUUUGCUUUGCAGUAUUUAAAUACCUAUUACAGUUUUUCAGGCAGGCUUGAAUAAUUGAUCUUGGAUUGCCAAAACUUACAUCAUGAAAGGAAACCUUCCCUAAAAUUUGAAUGCUUCUACACAGUGACCAGUGCCACUUGAGCAUCCAGUCAAAGACUUACACAGAAACUUAAUCACUGGUGCUGUGCUUCUGCUUUUGCAAUGAAAUCUCUUGCUCCACUUUGUGGGGUGGUGAACUUGGCAUUAGCUUUAUGACAGCAGAUGUUCUCUACUCUGACGUGUACAUCUGAUGGCUUGAUUGCUUGUCAGACUGCUUACAGUGCUGAUGGGCUUCUCUGAGAUGGAUGUUACUAUUGUUCUCAAAUCAUCUGUGGUAGGGAUCCAGCUCUUCCAGUGUCAUAUCUCAUGUUGGCAAUGAACUUUUACGUGCACUGGUGCUGAGGGAAACAGAUGGUCAAAUUGGCUGCUUUCUUCAGAGAAAUGACUCCAAGCCAAAUGAGGAUGGAUUUCAAUAGACUGGGUUGAUACUGAUUAGAAAUGUGAAGACAGAACUUCACAAUGAGAAUCAAUGUUUGACAUUACUUAUUUUCUAAAAUUUAAGAUGGUACCUUUUUAUAGUUGAUGACUGGUCCUUGGAGGUAUCUCCCACAGGAUUUUAAGGAAGAUAAAGCUCUCUCCAAAAAACCUUUUUAUUACCUUCCUAUGCUAAAUAGCCACAUCAGAAGCUAUUUAUUUACUGUGAAUGCUUGAAGUAGAGCAUAGUGGUUCCAAAAAUAGGAGUCCUCUUCAUAUGCAGCUUCAAACUGUAGUGAUGGAGUUCCUGCAGUGAAGAAAGUAGAUUCCUUAUUGCCUGGUCCUGUAGGUCUGUCCAGCAUGGUCUGGUCCCACUGUCUUAAAUGGGAGUUGAGUGCUUAGCAUCUUGUGGAUGUUUGUAAUGUUACUGUUGAAGAACCACACCAGUGAUAUAGGCAGGCAAUACAAUGCAGGUCCUUUAUGUUAAAGAUGAAUUCUUACCAGUUGGAAUUUUUGCCAAGGCAGGCUUGGCAUGUGUGUAGAUGAAAAUGGCUGUGAGCCAUCAGCCACACUUGCUGCUGGAAGAUGCCAGCAAGGGAUCCGUGGCUCUGUUAAUGUCUCCUGUUCCUUGUGUCUUGAAGGCUGUUGCUGUUCCAGCUAAUGCCCUCUAGGACAAUCUUAUGUGCUUGCCUAUGUGAUAGGUCAGGUAGCAACAACAUCCUGGUUGUAUGCUCCAGCAGCAAGAGGUGGCUUAGUGAUGUAUUUUUUAAAUUAAAAACUUGAAGACAAUGUCUCUGUAAAAUAAAGAAUAUAUUUAUUAUUGAUGAAGUGGCUGCUAUAGUACCUGUGCCCAUUGCAGAUUGUUAGCAUUUUGAAGGAAAGCUGUGAAAAUCCUUAGCUGUAAAUGCUUUACAUUUACCAAUUAACACAAGGCAAGCUCAUCAGAGACAGCCUGUGUAUUUUCACCAUUUCUGAAGAAUUAACUGGAGUCCUGUUACCUUACAGGUACUGAGUUACAGGUAAGCUUUCUUGGCUGACUUAUUUGAGUUGGCACUGAAUUAUUUUUGGUCUCAGUAGCAGAGACAGUGUACAGUAUCUGCUUUUACUAGAGCACUUCCCUUAAGUCACAAUUGGAAUAAAAUGCUUCUUUUUGUGUUGGGUUUCUUUUUGUUUUGGUUGUUGUUUUUUUUUUAAUUUAAACAUUUGCUUGGUCUCUGUCAGGUUAAAUAGCUUAAAACCUCUGUUCUUAGCAUCAUUUUUGUAAAUAAGGAAGGGGGAAUAUCUCUUCCUACUUAAUAAGAAAAUUGUCUUCUCUGAAAUGCUUUACUGGUAAUCAAGUAGCACUGCAUUGGAAGAUGGUAAUAAAGCUGAUGUUGCACUGA